CAAGGACAGCCGCUCGCGCUGAGCAUCAGGUCAUUGGAUCUUCAGCAAAGCAGAACAUCGGACGGGAGUCGUGACAAGGAGACCUGCAUCUCUCAAAGACAAAGAAACAAGCUCUCCUAAAACUGUUUGUAGGCCAAUAAUAUAUGUUUUUUUUUUGUUGCGUCAAUGAAAAUCAACAGGAUUUACCCACCACAAAGCAAAUGUGUUAUUGUCUUUUUUUAUGGGAGUGUAAUGCAGGUUUAGAGAUCAGCUGGAGAAAAAACUCAUGAUGCACAUACCUCGACAGGGCGGACUAAUGUAAUUGCAUUCCACUGGUAUUGCUGUUAGCACAGGGUCCAGAGGACGCGUGAUCCAUGCGGAUCGGUUAGCUGGGCUGGCUACGACGCACAUCCACUCAACAGGAGACUCGGUCUGGCAGCUGUGUCGAUGUCAAAAUGCGUGUAUUUCUGCUUGCGUUUUUCAUAUCCUGCUCCUGUGCGGGUGGUGGAUGUGAACCCAAGAUUGUCAAUAUCGGAGCGGUCCUGAGCCAGAAGAGGUAUGAACAGGUGUUCAAGGACGCCGUCACCCAGGCAAACACGCUGUAUGGGAAAGAUAAGUUCAAGAUGAACGCCAUCUCUGUCACUCAUAAACCCAAUGCAAUUCAGAUGGCUCUCUCCGUCUGCGAGGACCUCAUCUCGAACCAGGUGUAUGCCAUUCUGGUGAGCCACCCGCCUCAAUCGAAUGACCAUCUGACCCCCACACCCGUGUCCUACACCGCAGGGUUCUACCGUAUCCCUGUGGUUGGACUCACCACCCGCAUGUCCAUCUAUUCGGACAAGAGCAUCCACCUGUCUUUCUUGCGUACCGUGCCCCCCUACUCCCACCAAGCCCAGGUGUGGUUCGACAUGAUGAGAGAGUUCCGCUGGAACCACAUCAUUCUGAUAGUGAGCGACGACCACGAGGGCCGCGCUGCCCAGAAGAGGCUGGAGACCCUGUUGGAGGAAAGGGAGACCAAGAAUAAAAACAAGAACUAUGAAAACCUCGACCAACUGUCCUAUGACAACAAGCGAGGACCCAAGGCAGAGAAAGUUCUCCUGUUCAGCCAAGACACCAACCUGACAUCCAUGCUGCUGGAGGCCAAGGACCUGGAGGCUCGCGUCAUCAUCCUCUCUGCCAGCGAGGACGAAGCGGCGUCGGUCUACAAAGCUGCCCGCCAGCUCAACAUGACGGGCUCUGGCUACGUGUGGCUGGUUGGAGAGAGGGAGAUGUCUGGUAAAGCUUUGAGUGAAGCACCAGAUGGCUUGCUCGGCCUUCAGCUGAUCAACGGCAAGAACGAGUCGGCGCAUAUCAACGAUGCCGUGGCUGUGGUGGCACAGUCCAUCCAGGAGCUCUUUGAGAAGGAGAACAUCACAGAACCACCUCGCGGCUGUGUAGGCAACACAAACAUCUGGAGGACUGGACCGCUCUUCAAACGAGUGCUGAUGUCAUCCAAGUACCCAGAUGGCCUGACAGGACGCAUCGAGUUUAAUGACGAUGGUGACAGGCGGUUUGCUACCUACAGCAUCCUCAACUACCAAAAGACCAGGCUGGUGCAAGUGGGCAUUUUCAACGGCACCCAAGUGGUGAUGAAUCCGCAGAGGAAGAUCAUUUGGCCAGGAGGAGAGACGGAGAAGCCAAGAGGAUACCAGAUGUCUACCAGACUAAAGAUAGUAACCAUUCAUCAGGAGCCAUUUGUCUAUGUCCAACCCACAACAACUGACGGAACUUGCCAAAAAGAGAAAACUGUUAAUGGACUUAAAGAUGUCCAAAAAGUUAUAUGCACUGGCCCCAAUGGAACCAUCCCAGGACAGCCUAUAGUACCCCAAUGCUGCUACGGCUUUUGCAUUGACCUCUUGAUUAAACUAGCGGAUACCAUGAACUUCACCUAUGAGGUUCAUCUGGUGGCUGAUGGGAAGUUUGGUACACAGGAGCGGGUGAACAACAGCAACAAGAAGGAGUGGAACGGCAUGAUGGGAGAACUCCUGGGUGGCCUGGCAGACAUGAUUGUGGCUCCGCUCACGAUCAACAACGAACGCGCCCAGUACAUCGAGUUCUCAAAACCCUUUAAGUACCAGGGGCUUACCAUCCUCGUGAAAAAGGAAAUACCACGCAGUACUUUGGAUUCGUUCAUGCAGCCCUUUCAGAGCACCCUGUGGCUGCUGGUGGGUCUAUCGGUCCAUGUGGUGGCGGUGAUGCUCUACCUAUUAGACCGGUUCAGCCCAUUUGGAAGGUUUAAAGUGAAUAGCGAAGAAGAAGAAGAGGACGCCCUCACCUUAUCCUCCGCCAUGUGGUUCUCUUGGGGGGUCCUUUUGAACUCCGGGAUAGGAGAAGGAGCACCCCGGAGCUUUUCAGCAAGGAUCUUAGGUAUGGUGUGGGCUGGAUUUGCCAUGAUCAUUGUGGCAUCCUACACAGCCAAUCUGGCAGCCUUCCUAGUGUUGGACCGGCCUGAGGAGCGCAUCACCGGCAUCAAUGACCCCAGGCUGCGAAACCCAUCAGACAAGUUCAUCUACGCCACAGUGAAGCAGAGUUCGGUGGACAUCUACUUCCGGCGCCAAGUGGAGUUGAGCACCAUGUACCGCCACAUGGAGAAGCACAACUACGAAAGCGCUGCUGAGGCCAUCCAAGCUGUGCGCGACAACAAACUGCACGCGUUCAUCUGGGACUCUGCCGUCCUGGAGUUUGAGGCAUCACAGAAGUGUGACUUGGUGACAACGGGAGAGCUGUUCUUCCGCUCCGGCUUCGGCAUAGGCAUGCGGAAGGACAGCCCUUGGAAGCAAAACGUUUCCCUGUCCAUUCUUAGCUCUCAUGAGAAUGGGUUCAUGGAGGAACUAGAUAAAACCUGGGUGAGAUACCAGGAGUGUGACUCCAGGAGUAAUGCCCCGGCCACCCUCACUUUUGAGAACAUGGCAGGUGUGUUCAUGUUGGUUGCUGGGGGUAUUGUUGCUGGAAUCUUCCUCAUCUUUAUUGAGAUUGCGUAUAAGCGCCACAAAGAUGCCCGCAGGAAGCAGAUGCAGCUGGCCUUCGCUGCGGUCAACGUGUGGAGGAAGAACCUACAGGAUAGGAAAAGUGAUAGAGCAGAGCCUGACUCCAAACAGAAAACCUCUUUUAGGUCCAUCAGUACCAACCUGGCCUCCAACAUCAAGAGACGUAGGUCCUCCAAAGACACGCCUUAUCCCACGGACAUCACAGGCCAGCUCAACUUGUCAGACCCCUCUGUCAGCACGGUGGUGUGAGAGAUUGAGAUAAAUGAGAGGACUGAAAUGAGAGAGAGGAUCCUGGUUUGGAGAAAGAAGCUGGUCCAUUGCUGCUACGCCACCUGAGCCAUUGCCCAUCCUGUUCUCUAUCUACCCACAUAGAACAUGUGUUCUGCUCAUUCCCCACCAAACACAACAGGCAGGAACUGGAUAGCUGACAUCCCACUGACAAACUGUGCCAAUUCACAAUUGAGCCAAACCACCUGUUUUUUCCCACACAGAGGCCUGACCCAGCACAAUGAUAGCUUUAGGUUUAUUUUUAUAAUCUGCCUGCUAGAGUCAUGUAGUUGUGUACUUUACGUGUGAAACAACAAGAAAUAUAUAAAUUUUCUGAUCAUGUCAUUCGCAAUACAUCGUCAUGCACUGUGUUUCUGAUUUCAAUAAGCGAUAGAUUUCAUAGAUCAUGUUUAAGAGUAUUUUGUGAUGUCAAUGUCUUACUACCUCCACUUAUUUAGACGAACCUUAGACAUGUAAGAUACUGUAGUUAAAACUAUUUGACAUUGUAAGGUUUUCCUGUGUUACAUUUAUCGACAGGUUUUUGUUAGCAUUAGCUAAUGCGGUGUAGUGUGGGGCAAUAACAAUGGACAAGUUGUCAAUUUAUAAAUUAGCAGCAUACAGCUAUGCUAAUAUCUAAGUGUAAAUCCGAGUUAAGCACACUUUGUCCAUUGUAGCACUCGUAUCAGCUGCAAUCCCUUUCUUUAGCUAUAGAUGUCUUAGCCCCUUUUAUGUGUUAAUUUACUUCAUUCUCUCAGCAUUGAUUGCGUGGCAGACUAUUCUCAGCAUUCAACAAUACUAAUGUUUCUGAGCCAAACGUCUUUGGCAUGACAUCGGUGAAGGAGUUGCCAUCAACAGAAAUAGACUGGUAACCACUAGUGCUGUAGGCUAUGUUGUUGUUCAUUCAAGAAAAUUGCUCUCUACAAUUGUUGAUUUGACAGUGUUACAUGGUCAUUAAUGCAAAUCAAUUUAUCAGUCAACAUCAAGUCUCUAUAUAGCCUAUAUAGUGCCUUCAGAAAGUAUUCAUACCCCUUAUUCCAAAUGUUGUCUUGUUACAGCCUGAAUUCAAAAUUGAUUAAAAAACAUUUCUCACCCCUCUACACACAAUACCCCAUAAUGACAAAGUGAAACAUGUUUUUAGACAUUUUUGCAAAUGCAUUGUAAAUGAAAUACAAACAUAUCUAAUUUCCAUAAGUAUUCACACCCGUGAGUCAAUACUUUGUUGAAGCACCUUUGGCAGCGAUUACAGCUAGGUGUCUUUCUGGGUAAGUCUCUAAGAGCAUUCCACACCUGGAUUGUGCAACAUUUGCACAUUACUAUUUUCAAAAUUCUUCAAGCCCUGUGAAAUUGGUUGUUGAUCAUUGCUAGAACAACCAUUUUCAGGUCUUGCCAUAUACUUUCAAGUAGAUUUAAGUCAAAACUGUAACUCGGCCACUCAGGAACAUUCACUGUCUUCUUGGUAAGCAGCUCCAGUGUAGAUUUGGCCUUGUGUUUUGGGUUAAUGUCCUGUUGAAAGGUGAAUUAAUCUCCCGUGUCUGGUGGAAAGCAGACUGAACCAGGUUUCCCUCUAGGAUUUUGCCUGUGUUUAAGCUCCCUUUUGUUUAUUUUUUUAUCCUGAAAAACUCCCCAGUCCUUAACGAUUACAAGCAUACUCAUAACAUGAUGCAGCCACCACGAUGCUUGAAAAUAUGGAGAGUGGUACUCAAUAAUGUGUUGUAUUAGAUUUCCCCAAAACAUAACACUUUGUAUUAAGGACAAACAUGAUGCAUGUUUUGGAAUAUUGUAAUUCUGUACAGGCUUCUUAAUUUUCACUCUGUCAAUUAGGCUAGUAUUGUGGAGUAACUACAAUGUGGUUGAUUCAUCCUCACUUUUCUCCUAUCAUAGCCAUUAAACUCUGUAACUGUUUUAAAGUCACCAUUGGCCUCAUGGGGAAAUCCCUGAGUUGUUUCCCUCCUCUCUGGCAACUGAGUUUGGAAGGACGCCUGUACCUUUGUAGUGACUGGGUGUAUUGAUACACUAUCCAAAGUGUAAUUAAUAACUUCAUGCUCAAAUGGAUAUUCUAUGUCUGCUUAAAAAAAAACAUCUACCAAUUGGUGCCCUUCUUUGUGGGGCAUUAGAAAACCUCCCUGGUCUUUGUGGUUGAAUCUGUGUUUGAAAUUCACUGCUCGACUGAGGUACCUUACCGAUAAUUGUAUGUGUGGGGUACAGAGAUUAGGUAGUCAUUCAAAAAUAAUCUUAAACACUAUUAUUGCACACAGUCCAUGCAACUUAUGUGACUUGUUAAGCACAUUUUUGCUCCUGAACUUAUUUAGGUUUGCUAUAACAAAUGGGUUGAAUACUUAUUGACUCAAGAAAUGUCAGUUUAUCAUUUAUCUUUAAUUUGUCAAAUAAAAUAAAAAACAUAAUUCCGCUUUGACAUUAUGGGAUAUUGUGUAGUCCAGUGACACAAUAUCUCAAUGUAAUCAAUUUUAUAUUCAGGUUGUAACACAACAACGUGGAAAAAGUCAAGGGGUGUGAAAACUUUGUGAAGACACUGUAUGUAUUCUCUCUACAUAGUCUCUUUUAUAUCAUGACAUUAUUGAGGAUAUUGUGACGUGUACAUGAUUUCUGGAUGUUUUGAGCCUAAACUGCACUGACAGUGAUUGUCUCUCUUUGGCUCAAAAUAUCCUGUAAUGAUUUAUAUAUUAUUGUGGUGUGUAUAUUAUGUAUAUGUGUAUAUAAAUAUAUAUAUAUAUAAUCAUGUUCUGUCAACCUUAGGGGUGUUCUGGUAAUCGGCUAAGAUGGCUGUUGUAGCUGUGUGGUUAACCCUAUAAAUUAAUACUACUUUGUAUUUAUAAUAUAAUAAUAUAUUUCACUAUGUCACUGUAUUUUUGCUUUAUAUGUGAGAUUAGAUUAAUAAAAUCCCUCACUCUUACCCUUUCCUAUUUUCCAGACUGCAUUUACACCGACAUUUAGUCUGUCAAUAGCAAAUUGAUUAAUUGCAAAAAUGAUAUAUUGUAAAAAGUUUGUUUCCUGCAAAAACCUGUCAGAGAUCCUUCGGUGUAGUAGCUCAAGUGUAUCCUGGCAUGUUCCUGACUCAAGAUCUGAAACACUGUUUAGCACUUUUGUCUUAAAGAUCCAAUGCAGCCGUUUUUAUCUCAAUAUCAAAUCAUUUCUGGGUAACAAUUAAGUACCUUACAAUACUGUGAUUGUUUUAAUUAAAAAUUGUUAAAAAUAAACAAAAAUUGCUUCUUAGAGCAAUUUCUCAAGCAAGAAUUUAGCUAGGACAGUCUGGGAGUGGUCUGAGUGGGGAGCGGAAAACUGGAACUCUUUCUUAUUGGUCUAUUAACUAAUUUACCGCCUGGUGAUGUCCCCAGGUAGGCCAAAACUCCAUCCAUCCCACCAAAACAGGCUGAAAUUUCAGGCAGUCUUUUCAAACAGCUCUUACACUAAAAGGACAUUAUCUUAAUUUUCACAAUUUCACAGUGUUAUUCCAACCACAUGGUGUGGAGAUAUAUAUAUAUAUAUAUAUCACGUUUUUGACUGCACUGGGCCUUUAAACAAUCAACAUGAGGGCUUUGCUCAUAAUUGUGAGAAAUUAAGAAUGUGAAAUAUAUACCUGUAACUGUUACUAUACCUGUAUUUUAUGAGCCGAAAAUGUGUUUUUUGUGCAAUAGGCUCGUUUGAAAUGUUGAUGGUUUUAGAGAGAGACAUGGAUUGAUCUGUCUGGAAUCAUUUUUUUUAUUUUUUAUUAUGGUUUCAGUAUUGACGUGCUCAAUUUUGUAUAGGUGUUCCAUUUAUCAUUCAAGUUAAAUAAUGUGGGAAAAUAUAUUAAUUAUUACUUAUAACAAUGUAGCCAUCAACCAGAGAUCGGAAGUUUAGCUAUGGUUGUGUCAAUGUUCUCAUGGAUCCUGAAAAUAUACCUAAAUGAUUAUGUAAGUAUAAUAAUUAUUAAUGAAGUUUAAAUUGAGGUAGAAAUAUUUGAUCAUCUAAUUUCUCAAUACAGAGUGUUUAUUCGGAAUUGUAACUCGAAAGAGUUGGGUUUAUUUAGGCUGUGAAAAUGUCUGUUCUGUUAGCCAAGGAAGUUCAGUAGUUGCAAUGCUUGGGAAAACAGAUUACAUUGGAUUGUGUGAUAGAAUUACAGACUGUGAGUAAAGUGUUCAAUUGUCAUUUCAGGUGACUCAAAACAUAUUCAACAACACAGUUCCGAAUUAUUUUAAUGUAAAAUUACAAUUUUGCAGGGCUUUAAGAUAUAGUAAGUUACUAUAACUUAACUAUCAAUCACUACCAAAUGUGCUUUGAAUAUCAUUCCUAUAUUGUGUGAAUAAUGACUAUACAUUAUAAUAUCUGUUUGUAAUAGAAAUCAGUUGUACUAAUAAAAUGUCUGAUAUAUUAAAUGCUA